ACGCAUAUCAACUGCGGGACGUCAACUUCUCCUCCACUAAACUUCUCCAUAUCGUCGUCGCUCACAUCUCCCGGCGCUACCAAACUGAUAUUGACUGCACUAUCACAAAAGGUACCUUAAUGCGUCUGCUUACAGUACUUUGGUAGGCUCUUCAAUUCGACACCUGCCGUCCCUCUCUACCCAAUGGCUGCCUCUCCCUCAAUUCCGAGGUGCACAGCUUCCUGUCACCUUGCGUCCGCCUUGCAUCCCGUCCAGCCUACCAUGUCGCUGAAGGCUAUGUAUAUAUCUCGAGUGCAACACCUACCGCCCUCUUUCUCCCCCUUGCGCCCACAUCUGAUCCGUUGCACUUCAUCACAUUCGCAACCCCAUGAAUAGCUUCUCACCUUGAGACGUUUCGCCCUUCAGGUGCCGAUGAUCUCUCCCCACUCGACUAUCGCUUCAUAGGAGUGAGAAUAGCCAUGCGGGAAGCUUUCACUGGUCUCCCAGCUCUUGUUACACGAAUCGCCCGCAAGGCUCCACAAGUCGUCGAGAACGUUAUAAAUGCUCGUAGCAACCCCCUAAAUCUCGACUGGGACCCAGCGCCAUCUCCAGAAGACGGCCCUCCCUUAUCAGCUGGAGCUCUUCGCGACAAGUCUUACCUUCCUGCGGAAAUCGGUGGAAUCGUCGGCGCAUACGUAUUCGUGGUGAUCACCAUCCUCCUCGCCCUAUUCUUCGUUGGACGUCGACUUCGCAAAGCAAGAGAACUCGCAGCACAGAAUGAUGUUGAGAUGCUAGUUGGACACGUUAUAAACCCCGCUGCAUAUUAUCCAUCUCCAAUCUCGCCCACCUCGGCCGCCACAGCUUUCCGCACCGCUGCGUGGCCAACUGCCGAGAAGACCCAGAACCCCUACGUCUUUCCCUCUCAAAACUGCUCUCCCGUCUCGCCCGGGACCAACCCAGGAGUCGAUUCGCGAAUUAUACAAGCAGAUCGUGAGAUUUUGAACCGCGGACUCGAGGACCUAUACGCGCAUGUUAUGGAACAGGAGGAAGCCAAAGCCGCCGGACUCAACAUAGCAGAUAUGCCUGCCCCAACCCCUCUUCCAUCUGCCUCACCUCAGAGGCAGAGCACCGCCUCCAGCAAGCGCCUGGAGAAAAUCAAGCCAGCCAACCUGGGCAGCACCGAGAAAACACACUCGCGCACAUCGUCCUUGAUCUCGUCCCUCAAGUCGCCAAAACGAAAGGGCAUCCGUGGCUUGAAGAUCAGCUCUCCAAUGGCCACGCCUCUCUCUACAACCUUCCCCGCAACAUAUGCGUCGGAUGAAGAGCCACUUAGCCCUCGCCACUACCAGCCUCCACCUCCACCUCCGGUUCCUGAAGGUCAAAUGCCAUAUCAGUACCAUUCCCGCAACAACUCCAGCGUGCAAACUGCAGAUCCGUCACCCAUCUCGCCGACAAGAUCAAUUGCAGAAAACCUCGCUUCAGUUUCGAUGGGGCCACCACCUAACAACAGAUCGGUUGCUACAAACCGUCCUUUGAACUUAACUAUCCCCGGUCCCGUUUCCGUGAACCCCUCAUCGGCAACCUCAUCCACACGACAGCUUCCCUUCAGAGCAUUUGAUCCACCCCCAGGACUCUCUUCGCCGUCAUUCUCACAUUCUACCAAGACAACGGUCCUGGAACGGACCACGCCGCUGUCGCCAGGGUUAAAAACCCCGUGGUCUGCUGGAGCAACACCAUAUAGCCCCUACCAGCCGUUCACUCCUUUGGUGCCAAUCACACCGCGGCUGAUCACGCGGGAAGAUCGCAAGGCGAUGAGGAGGAUGGAGCCUAAAUCUCCUGUUAUGGAGAUGGUGAAGGACACAGACGAUCUCUGGGAUAGUGGAUAUUAGGUGGGCUGGACUUGCGGGGCAAGAAUACUAGCUGUUGUAAUCAUGAGCCAUUAGAAGCGAUGUAUGGCGUUCAUGUAAAUAGAAUUUCCCUUUACUCAAGUAACGGCAAGCGGGUUAGCAAUUUCACACAUGUUC